AUGAUGAUCGUCUCCGAGAUUCCGUAUACAGAGGAAUACAUUGAGGCCUCGUGCAGUCAACAGAAAUCCGACUCAAUUCAGCUUGGAUCUUUGAGAUGCUACAACAUCAACAUCCAAGUCGAGGUGGAGAAAAUUGAUAAGCACACGAAAGGAAUGACAACACUCACACUUCGAGAAGUGCCCAAGUUUCUUGUCGAUGCUUUCAAUAUUAUUCGAUCGAAUAUCGAUAAAGAGGGAUUGUUUCGGAAAGGUGGAAACAGCGCUCGAAUCAACUCGUUCAGCAGAAAGCUCACGGCAAUCUACUCUGGCCGUGAGAUCAUUCCUCCCGAAUUGAAUUGUCUCGAUGUUUGCUCGUUGAUCAAAUCUUUCAUCAAGACUUUAAAGAUUCCUCUUCUUUACAAUCACGAGAUGAUCGAUAAAUUGAUCGAUUUAGUGAAACAAAAAGAUGCUGGAAAAGAGGUAAAUGGUGACGACGUGCAAGAACUUUUCCGUCCGCAGAAUAUCAUGAACCGAGAGACGAUGCCCGAGGCUCACAUUGGCACGCUCGGCUUUUUAAUGCGUGAAUUAUAUCGAGUUUCUUUACACAAUGAGAAAAAUGGGAUGACAAUUCAAAAUCUGGCCACAUGUUUCGGGCCAACUCUCUUCGAUAUGAGCCCGGGAGCCGUGAAGAAAAGCGCUGGUCCAUUGCGAGUGCCGAAUGGGAUGGGAUCGAUGGAUGAGGCGAAACAGACAUCACAACGAGCCGCCGCUGCAGUCGCCAUAUUGAUUGAGAGAGCUACUUGGAUAGGAUUGCACCGUGAGUGCUAUGUCUCGAGUCAAGCACGCAGCUCGUCGGCGGCACCGCUUCAUCGAACCCCUCUAUCGCAGUUGCAGCCAGCUCUCGACAAGCGCCCAUCUUUGCCCAUUUCGCAACACGAUCCAGCAAUUGCCAAAGUCCAAAACGAUCAACGAGGUCGACGCUCGAACUCUUUGGCUUUGCAAGGAAUCUACAAUCUGUUUCGUGGACGGAGAAAAAGCACCGAACGAGUUUCACACUUUCAACAGCAUCUAGUGCCUCGGAAGAGAGAUCUAUCUGCUGACAGUUCGACUCCACGGGCGAACAAAUUCCCUGGGAUAGCUGGCCACCAAUCGAGAAGCCGAAUCCGAGAUAGUCCACAACGUGACAAGGUUGAGGUGAAUCUACAGGAUGUACAAAGUCGUCGCAAAACGUACGCUCGUCAGCCAACACCAGGGCCCGGUGGAUCGAGUUCACAAAAGAAAGCUACCUUGUCGGCAACCGGAGAAGCAGAAACGCCUCGUUCUCAGCGUUUGAUGAGAACCUCAACACAUUCAAAAGAAAAAACUCCACACGGUCCGCCUCGCCUUCUCGAUUUUGAUGCUUUCGAUGCGGCAGAACAACCGCGAAUUACAAGAAGUCAAACGAAAGCCAUCGCUCAAGUUGCACCAUACAAAGAUCUUGCAAUCAGCAUGUUGGAGCCGACUUCUGAAAUAAAUCCCACGAAAAAGAAAGAAAGGCGAAGAAGGCACACAACACCGGUGAAAGGAAAUGUUUUGAGACGUCAUCACCCGAACACGGUGGCAAAUGGUUUACCGCGUCGACGUGUCACUCAAGCGAUCACCGCCGAAGAGAAGGAAAAUGUGAUGAAAAGGAGGAGUCAUUCGGUGGAAGAUGUUGAGGAAAGUACAGGAGAUAGUGCUGAUGAUAUAUUGGAUGCAAAGAAACAAGCACUACGGAAAAUGAUGGAAUUCGACCCACGACCCCGCAAGACAAAGCGUUUACGGCGUCGGGAAACGAUGACGAUUGUCGAGACAACCACAGCUACUGUUCACGCAUCAACAUCGCCCACUCUACCAAGAGCCGCAAACACCUUCGAAAAGAAAGAAGUGAAAAGGGGCGAGCCGCAAAGCAUUUCCGCACUCACUGUCACCACUUCAUCGCUUCACCUCUCGAAAUCUCCGAUGGGAGUUCGUGCAGGAAAUGAGAAGGAUCUAAGUGAUUCACAAGUGAGCCCAAAUCGGAUAAUGCAAGUGACGCCCAUGCAAAGUCCGGUCAUCGUUAAGGGAUUAUCUACCGGUAACCACCCAAACGCGGUGAGCGUUGUCUCUGUCGUGGCACGACAUAUGGCGAUCCCUGCAAUCGUGCAUGAACGAUCUGGUGGACAGAUCAAUGUCGUCGUUGAGCCAGAGAUCGAAUGCACCCGCUCCACACGUCCCCGCUCUCCAUAUCCGCUCCCGAUGGCCGAACGAGAGGAGCCAUUCGAGUCAACGCCCGAAUCUCUCGCAAAAGCUCGAUCGACGAUCAUCCACCAAUUAAGCUUCGAUUCUUUUAGAGUUCCAAAAAUUCCCGGCUUAUCUCGCCAAUCGGCCACUCGAGUCCCUCACUCGCCAGGCUCAAGCUCUCUUCGUUCACCCACAACAUCGGAGCUUCCCGUUGAUGUGGCUAGAGCCGAGCCCACUCAAACCACUUCUCCAUUCACGAGAAAAGGCGUUUCAGCGAGUGUACUCGAUCGACGACAUUUUGGGACACCGAAAAGCAUCUCGAGACAACGAAGUGCUGACGAGUUUGGACACAGCGAGCACUAUAGAAAUGUUAUUGUUUCCGCUUCGUCGACAUCGGAAUUGGAUAUGGGAGAUGGCUUCGACUCGCGCCCAUCGGUCGCCUUCAUCGCACAGAAUCGACGGGGAUUGGUUCGAGAUCGAGUGAAUCAAUUUGGUGGAGGGAAUGCUUCGAUGAUUUCAACCGGUCGUGCAUCCGUCCAAUCGAAUCAUUCUCAGCGAUCGAGCUCGAAUCGUUUCUCUCAAUUCGAUAGCCCCACAUUUUAUCAA